AUGACUAGUCGCAAAAAUAGAUUAAGUCUAAGUCUAGCAUCAGAAAGCGUCGCGAAAUCACCAAACUUGCGUCUCACACCAUCCCGGAGAGCGAGAGCAGCUAGACCGAGUUCAGAAAAUCAACCAACCAACGACGAGCGCUACGAGGUUUCGCCAUCGCAGGGAGGCGACUUUUCGCCGGUGGUUCCUUUCACACAGGAAGCCUUUCAUGCUAUCAACGGUGUGUCGUGGGAGUGGAACAGCCCGCAGCGUCUGAACGGCCAGCCGAGGCUCCGAGCGGACACAAAGAAAUCCACCAGUAAAGUUCAUACCAGAAAAACGAUCAAACACAUCGAAUCUCCGUGUGGCAUUGCGAAGAAAGCGACGGGUUUCAACAAGUUCAUCUCCAAGCUUAAUCUUUUGAUGGGAAAGGAGAACAUGGAAGAAUUGGGUGACGUACCAGAGCCACUAGAAUCAAACCAGGAACCUGUUUCCGAAGCGUCAGACACAUCCGACGUCCCGCUUGAUGCGGCAGGAAGCGUUGUGCUUAUUGAUGCAAAUGAGGUUCCUGAAAAACGAUCACCAGAGCCAACCGCCGACAGUGAUGACGAUCUCUUUCAAGAUGCCAUCAUCGAUGCUGGGAGCGAGGAUACACCAAACGGCGAUUCGCUCGAUGCGGGACUCGACGAUUCCCGACUCAACAGCAUGCUGAUAAAAGCAAGCCAAACGGCUGAGCAAAACAUUAACAAACCUACAUCACCACAGGCCGCAGCGUCGCCUCCAUCGAUCGGGCAGGGUUCGACAAAGGCCAAGCCCACACGCCACAGUAUUCCAUCCGAAAUGAAUGACUCCGAUAUGGACGGGUUUCUUGUGCAGGCCUCUCUGAUGGCGGAAGAGAAACGCAGCAGUCCGCAAGAGUCAUCUUGUUCGAAUAGUGUGUUGCCUAGCAACGACGUAGCCACUUCUAGGCGCACGAAUGUCUCCAAACUGAACUCAGCCACAAGCUCGAAUGUGCGAUCACACCCAGCCCAAAAAAGUGCUUCAAAGUCACCACCCGAAGGUAGCAGUGGCGAGACGUCGUCCAUGUCACAGGACGAAAUAAAGACCCUAAUAGAAAAGAAGCGCCAGGAAGCGUUGCGCCGUCUGCAGAACAAUCGGUUAAGGCGAGCGAUGAAGGGCACUACCACCAACGGAUAG